AUGGUUUCUUUUCAAUGCGAGGCCUGCGGUGAUGUCCUCACCAAGAAAAAACUCGAUCCCCAUCGCGGUCGAUGUCACGGCGCCUCCUUCACUUGUAUAGAUUGUAUGGUCCACUUUCAAGGCAACGAAUACAGGUCGCACACGGCAUGCAUGACCGAAGCGCAAAAAUACCAAGGCGCCCUAUAUAAAGAAAAGCCGCAGAAAGGCAACAAGCAAAACAAAAAGCAACCCGACAACUCUCAGACAUUUUCCAAUACCAACGGAAAUUCAGCCAAUACCCAGGCUAAUACCAAGAAACCUCGCCAUCCUUACGUUGAAGACGCACCAGAUGCCGAUGAUCCUCCUGCCGAAAAAGUCCCUCCUGCCGCCCCCAGUCCUCCGCAAACAUCAAAGACCCCGGCUUCGGCCUCAAAGGCAAAAGUGGCUGCGCCUGCUGAAGAAGACGUCAACGUCUUUGACUUUCUGGUCACUGACCAGACACCCACUGCUUCGAAACUCUCGCUGGCAGGUGGCAAAGGGCCGAUGAAAAUGGUAGCUAAUGCGCGCUCGGUGUUCGAACCGGGAAAGGCCCUGGCUCAAUACGACACCGAUGUUGAUGAUGAAGAUCGUGAAUAUGAUAUCGCCUAUGAAGAAAACGGAUUUUCGUAUGGCGCAGAUCCUAUUAAGCCAUCUCUUUAUGGAAAUCAGGUUUCCAAUGUUUCGAUGGACUUUAUGACUCCGGCACCAAAGAAGAAAGAGAAGAAGCACAAAAAGAAGGACAUUGAUCGCAGCUCUCCUGAUCCAACACCAAGGACGACGAGCGACAAAAAACGCAAGCGCGGCCAUGUUGAGGAAUUGGAUGUUGAAGCUGCCAAUUCACGGUAUGAGGAGGAUACCCCCAUGACGGAUGCCCCGUCCAGCGUUGCCAAUAACGUGGGGACCCCUUAUCUUCAACAUUCAGGAUUGACAGGGGGAUUGGACCGUAUGCUCCGCGAUGAAAGGUCACUUUCCCCAGACUAUGAAGAUUACACGGAUGACGAGCACGACCUUCGCCGGUACCAAGACCCACAAUCUCCUCUCAAGCGCACUCGCCCGAACGAAAAGCCUGCAAGCAAUAAUAAGAGCAAUGGGAACCCAGACGAUGGUCUGGGAAUUUCUCUCAGGGGUCGCGCUGGUCGCAUCAUAUCUAUGUUCGGUGGAUCUAAUGUAUCAACCAGUAGCCGAGGGAGCGUCGAACCUUCAUCCAAAGCUCUGGUACGCAUGCGGCGUAGUCCGUCUAACGGCGACCACUCAAGCGAACUUGUUCAAGUGCGCCGCUCCAAGAAAACAUCCAAUGCGCGAAACAGCACCACUAUCGACGCAACUGACGAGGCCCGCAAGACGAAACGUAAGAUCAGCUCACAGAGCAAUGGUAAUGAUCACUACGACUCCACCCGGCCAUCUCGUCGCCUGAAAGCGAUCGAGCAACGCGGUGGAUCUGACAGUGGCGGCGAUGAUAAUCGCAAGAUGGUCCUUUACCAGAACCGUGAUGAUGAAGCGCUCACGGAUGAGGAGCAGGAACGUGACAAAGCUCUGUACUUCUUAUCACUGGUUACAAAAGGCCCAGAAAGUGGACGUGGAUGCUCGAUUAACAAAACCCUUAAACGGUUCCAUCGCGAUUACCCAGCGCGCAUAGAAUCUUCGGAGGAUCAUCAUGAUGAGCAUCGCGGUCGCGGGCGUAGCAGUCGGGCAGAUCGGGAUCGUCGCCAGGAAGAGGAGAAGGACUUGUGGCGUACAUUGCGGUUGAAGAGGAAUGAUCGGGGUGAAAUUGUUGUGUUUCUCUAA